UGCUGGAUUAUUCAUCUUUCUUGCGGUUAUGAUCAAGAGAUAUUUUCUGGAAGUCAUCUUCAUGGUUGCUCCUGAUUCCAUAGGUUCUUACAGGUAGCAGGUGUCUGAACAAAGGAGGAGGGAGAGGAGUGACAUAUGGAAGGAGGAUGGGUCGAGUGAGGGCCGUAUUUAAGACGGGGUCCUGCUCGUCCUGCUCACCAGUUGCUUUUUCCACUUCGCUCUCCGCGUACACCUGAGCGUCCGGCCGGCCUUCGUCAUCCAGUCAGCAGCAUGUCUUUGCCCGACCCCGAGAACGCGUCCACCCUGGAGAACGCCAUGCAGCUCAUGAUCCAGACCUUCCACAAGUAUUCCGGCAACGAGGGUGACAAAUACACGCUGAGCAAGGCCGAGCUCAAGGAGAUGCUCACCACCGAACUGGGCCAAUACCUCGGGCACGCCAAAGAUAAGGAGGCGGUGGAUAAGGUCAUGCGGGAACUGGAUUCCAACGGGGAUGGCGAGGUGGAUUUUACCGAAUUUAUCAUCCUGGUGGGCGCCCUCACUGUGGCCUGCAAUGACUUCUUCCUGGAGUUCAACGAAAAGCCGGCAAAGAAGAAGUAAACGCCGUCUCGACGUGCUCCCAUCCAAGGGAGGAAAAACCCACACAACAUAUACACAAACAUACUGUACAUGCCUAAUUUGAGGGGAGAGUGUUGUCCUUUUGUGUCUGCACUGUCUCUUUAAAUUCACAUUUACAUCGGUCUCCUAUUUCUGUUCAUGCAUUUUAGAACACUUUGGAAUUCCCCCUGGAAAGAAUAAAUGUGAUCUUUGAUCAAAAGCGUCCUUUCGUGGUUAUGUGCUGACACGAAAUGGCCGCCAGGUGGCAGUAAGUUGCCGCGGAACGAGUUGAUUGAGGACACCGCAUUUUCUCGUUCGGUGGCAAGAGAUCGCGUAGUCAAACUUUUUCAGGAUUGGACGAGUAAAUAAACUUUUGCUGCAUCAAAGCGCCACAACGUCCGUGAAAUCUUGGUUGUGCCUUAAGGGCCACGAGUGCUUAACAUUCCCGCAGUGGAAAAAAAAACCCAACAUGUGUGAGUGUGUAAGUAUGAAAAGGGAAGCAGAAGCAGCCUCAAUAUUAGAAAGCCAGGAAAUGAUUCUUUCUGUCUUUCUAUCCUGUGGCAGAGGAUUAAUGGGGAAUGUCGGGAAAACCUCACAAAAGACUCCAGUGUACAGUAGCAAGAUUUAGCGCAUUCCUCUAUUAGAAGAGCCUUUUUUCCCCAUGAUGUAAAAAAAAAUAAUAAUAAUAACGAUACAGUGAGGACUCAUGAAAUGUGGAAACGCAUUGUUGUAAACUCACAUAAAUGCUGCGCAUCUUUCAGCUCUUUAUGAUCCAAGAUUUGUAAAUCAGAACAAUUAGGUUGCAAUAAAAAGGUCAGCAACAGUU